AAAGCAUUUCGCUGAAAUGGCCGACCUCAAGACGACAUCGCCGCCAGCACACGACUUCUUUGGCGGAUGCAGCGCACUCUUCAUGGAUGAAGUGUUCAAGGCUGUAGAGGACUUCGUGGACGACGGAAUGACGUCGCUGGAGCGCAAGCUGUUGGAGUGCCAUGGAGGCCCGUCCAUCACUUCGAGUCAAGCGCAUCAUAUUCAUGAGGGAGUUUCGAAUUACAUGGACGCCGUGCGCACUGCGUUCGUGAAGAACUUUGACAAGUUUGAACUGUACAUGUUGCGCAACGUGUUUGUGGCACCAGACAACAUCGCGGAGAUCCAAACAGCGGCACAUGCUCACGAACAUGCGCAGUCGACAGACUCGGAUCAAUGGAACGACGCCAAUCCUGCCGAUGUGGAAGCAGAACUCCAUGCGCUUCGUCAAGAGUUCUUCCGCGCAACAGAAACGCAGCGAUCGCUCUUAGCCGCAAAAAACGCUGUGGACCAGCAAGUUGGCGACGUCCAUGCGUUUGUGGCCGAUCUCAGCUUCACAAAGGACAUUCCGAAGAAAGUUGGGCCGCUUGGCGAGCAUGUCAAAUCUGCUGUCGAGCUCCGCGAGUCCUUUAGCACCAUGAAAGAGCUGCAACGGCAUUUGAACACCAAGUCCAUCGCCAUCACGACCCCGCCGAGGCAAUCGACGUACGAAACUGUGACUUCGAGGUUCCACAAGCAAUCGAUGCAAGUGCCGCUAGACGACCUCGUGCGGCUAAACGAGGUGCUGGCGCAACGUUAGUCGGCCCUCUCUUCCUUUUUGUAAAUCUCUUAACCCAGCUCAAGGUGUCCAUAAGCAAACCACCAAGUCAGUGCUGCACUCGAGAAUACUUAGGGACCUCAAUGCCAC